GUUUCCGGCAAUAAUCGAGAGUUUCUAACGUGCCCCCUCGUUGUCUCUCGGCCGCCGUCCUCCCAACCAGCACCCCCCUUUCGGCUCCCUCCCUCCUCCUUCUUCCCUCCUCCCUCCUCCCUCCUCCCGCCCCCCACCCAGCCCCAGCUUGGCCCUGCUGGCGCCUCUGGCGCUAAGGGCUGGCCAAGAUGGCGGCCUUCGGGAUCUUGAGCUACGAACACCGGCCCCUGAAGCGGCCGCGGCUGGGGCCUCCCGAUGUGUACCCUCAAGAUCCCAAACAGAAGGAGGAUGAACUGACGGCCUUGAAUGUAAAACAAGGUUUCAAUAACCAGCCUGCUGUCUCUGGGGAUGAACAUGGCAGUGCCAAGAACGUCAACUUCAAUCCUGCCAAGAUCAGUUCCAACUUCAGCAGCAUUAUUGCAGAGAAGUUGCGUUGUAACACGCUCCCUGAUACUGGUCGCAGGAGGCCCCAAGUGAACCAGAAGGACCACUUCUGGCUAGUGACUACACGAUCCCAGAUUGCCAUUAGCACCUGGUUCACUGACCUGGCUGGCACCAAACCACUGACACAACUAGCCAAAAAGGUCCCCAUUUUCAGUAAGAAGGAAGAAGUGUUUGGGUACUUAGCCAAAUACACAGUACCUGUGAUGCGGGCUGCCUGGCUCAUUAAGAUGACUUGUGCCUACUAUGCAGCAAUGUCUGAGAACAAGGUUAAGAAGAGACAGGUCGUUGACCCCUUCAUGGAAUGGACUCAGAUCAUCACCAAGUACUUAUGGGAGCAACUACAGAAAAUGGCUGAAUACUACCGGCCAGGGCCUGCAGGAAGUGGAGGCUGUAGUUCCACGAUAGGACCCUUGCCCCAUGAUGUAGAAGUGGCAAUCAGGCAAUGGGACUAUAAUGAGAAGCUGGCCAUGUUCAUGUUUCAGGAUGGGAUGCUGGACAGACAUGAGUUCCUGACCUGGGUACUUGAAUGUUUUGAGAAAAUCCGCCCUGGAGAGGAUGAAUUGCUUAAACUGCUACUGCCCCUACUGCUUCGAUACUCUGGGGAAUUUGUUCAGUCUGCAUACCUGUCCCGCCGCCUUGCUUACUUCUGUACCCGGAGACUGGCCCUGCAGCUGGAUGGUGUCAGCAGCCACUCAUCUCAUGUUAUAUCUACUCAGUCAACAAGCACGCUGCCCAACACCCCUGCCCCUCAGCCCUCAACUAGCAACACACCCUCAACACCCUUUAGUGACCUCCUUAUGUGCCCUCAGCACCGACCUCUGGUGUUUGGCCUCAGCUGUAUCUUACAGACCAUCCUCCUGUGUUGCCCUAGUGCCUUGGUUUGGCACUACUCACUGACUGAUAGCAGAAUCAAGACGGGCUCGCCACUUGACCACCUGCCUAUUGCCCCUUCCAACCUGCCCAUGCCAGAGGGCAAUAGUGCCUUUACUCAGCAAGUUCGUGCAAAGUUACGAGAGAUUGAGCAGCAGAUCAAGGAACGAGGACAGGCAGUUGAGGUUCGCUGGUCUUUUGAUAAGUGCCAGGAAGCCACUGCAGGUUUCACCAUUGGACGGGUGCUCCAUACUUUGGAAGUGCUGGACAGCCAUAGUUUUGAACGCUCUGACUUCAGCAACUCUCUUGACUCCCUUUGUAACCGAAUCUUUGGACUGGGACCUAGCAAAGAUGGACAUGAGAUCUCCUCAGAUGAUGAUGCUGUGGUAUCAUUACUAUGCGAAUGGGCUGUCAGCUGCAAACGUUCUGGUCGGCAUCGUGCUAUGGUGGUAGCCAAACUUCUGGAGAAGAGACAGGCAGAGAUUGAGGCCGAGCGUUGUGGAGAGUCCGAAGCAGCAGAUGAGAAGGGUUCCGUUGCCUCUGGUUCUCUUUCUGCUCCUAGUGCUCCCAUUUUCCAGGAUGUCCUCCUGCAGUUUCUGGAUACACAGGCUCCUAUGCUGACGGAUCCCCGAAGUGAGAGCGAGCGAGUAGAAUUCUUUAACUUGGUACUACUGUUCUGUGAACUGAUUCGACAUGAUGUUUUCUCCCACAACAUGUAUACUUGCACUCUCAUCUCCCGAGGAGACCUUGCGUUUGGAGCCCCUGGUCCCCGGCCUCCCUCUCCUUUUGAUGAUCCUGCUGAUGACGCAGAGCGCAAGGAGGCUGAAGGCAGUAGCAGUAGCAAGCUGGAGGAUCCAGGGCUCUCAGAAUCUAUGGACAUUGACCCUAGUUCCAGUGUGCUCUUUGAGGACAUGGAGAAGCCUGAUUUCUCAUUGUUCUCCCCUACCAUGCCCUGUGAGGGGAAGGGCAGCCCAUCCCCUGAGAAACCAGAUGUCGAGAAGGAGGGGAAGCUCCCACCUAAGGAGAAGAUCGAAGGGACCCUUGGUAUUCUUUAUGACCAGCCACGACAUGUGCAGUAUGCUACACACUUCCCCAUUCCCCAGGAGGAGUCAUGCAGCCAUGAGUGCAACCAGCGGUUGGUCGUACUGUUUGGGGUGGGAAAGCAGCGCGAUGACGCCCGUCAUGCCAUCAAGAAAAUCACCAAGGAUAUUCUGAAGGUUCUGAACCGAAAGGGAACAGCAGAAACUGACCAGCUUGCUCCUAUUGUGCCUCUGAAUCCUGGAGACCUGACAUUCUUAGGUGGGGAGGAUGGGCAGAAGCGGCGCCGCAACCGGCCUGAAGCCUUCCCCACUGCGGAAGAUAUCUUUGCUAAGUUCCAGCACCUUUCACAUUAUGACCAACACCAGGUCACGGCUCAGGUCUCCCGGAAUGUUCUGGAGCAGAUCACAAGCUUUGCCCUUGGCAUGUCGUACCACUUGCCUCUGGUGCAGCAUGUGCAGUUCAUCUUCGACCUCAUGGAAUAUUCACUCAGCAUCAGUGGCCUCAUCGACUUUGCCAUUCAGCUGCUGAAUGAACUGAGUGUGGUUGAGGCUGAGCUGCUUCUCAAGUCCUCGGAUCUGGUAGGCAGCUAUACUACCAGCCUGUGCCUGUGCAUCGUGGCCGUCCUACGCCACUAUCAUGCCUGCCUCAUCCUCAACCAGGACCAGAUGGCACAGGUCUUUGAGGGGCUGUGUGGUGUAGUGAAGCAUGGGAUGAACCGGUCAGAUGGCUCCUCUGCAGAACGCUGUAUCCUUGCAUAUCUCUAUGAUCUGUACACCUCCUGUAGCCAUUUAAAGAGCAAAUUUGGGGAGCUCUUCAGCGACUUUUGCUCAAAGGUGAAAAACACCAUUUACUGCAAUGUGGAGCCAUCGGAAUCCAAUAUGCGCUGGGCACCCGAGUUCAUGAUCGACACCCUGGAGAACCCUGCUGCUCAUACCUUCACUUACACGGGGCUAGGCAAGAGUCUUAGUGAGAACCCUGCUAACCGCUACAGUUUUGUCUGCAAUGCCCUUAUGCACGUCUGUGUGGGGCACCAUGAUCCCGAUAGGGUGAAUGACAUCGCAAUCCUGUGUGCAGAGCUGACGGGCUACUGCAAGUCGCUGAGUGCAGAGUGGCUAGGAGUACUUAAGGCAUUGUGCUGCUCCUCUAACAAUGGCACUUGUGGCUUCAAUGAUCUCCUCUGCAAUGUAGAUGUGAGAUUUGGGGUCAGUGACCUGUCUUUCCAUGACUCCCUGGCUACUUUUGUUGCCAUCCUCAUUGCUCGGCAGUGUUUGCUCCUGGAAGAUCUGAUUCGCUGUGCAGCCAUCCCUUCACUCCUUAAUGCCGCUUGUAGUGAACAGGACUCAGAGCCAGGUGCUCGGCUCACCUGCCGCAUCCUCCUCCACCUUUUCAAGACACCACAACUCAAUCCUUGCCAGUCUGAUGGAAACAAGCCUACAGUCGGAAUCCGCUCCUCCUGUGACCGCCACCUGCUGGCUGCCUCCCAGAACCGCAUCGUGGAUGGAGCUGUGUUUGCUGUUCUCAAGGCUGUGUUUGUACUUGGGGAUGCAGAACUGAAGGGUUCAGGCUUCACUGUGACAGGAGGAACAGAAGAACUUCCAGAGGAGGAGGGAGGAGGUGGCAGCAGCGGUCGGAGGCAGGGUGGCCGCAACAUCUCUGUGGAGACAGCUAGUCUGGAUGUCUAUGCCAAGUACGUGCUGCGCAGCAUCUGCCAACAGGAAUGGGUAGGAGAACGUUGCCUUAAGUCGCUGUGUGAGGACAGCAAUGACCUACAAGAUCCAGUGUUGAGUAGUGCUCAGGCCCAGCGCCUCAUGCAGCUCAUCUGCUACCCACAUCGACUAUUGGACAAUGAGGAUGGGGAAAACCCUCAACGGCAGCGCAUUAAGCGUAUUCUUCAGAACUUGGACCAGUGGACCAUGCGCCAGUCUUCCCUGGAACUGCAACUCAUGAUCAAGCAGACCCCUAACAAUGAGAUGAACUCCCUUUUGGAGAACAUCGCCAAGGCCACAAUCGAAGUCUUCCAGCAGUCGGCAGAGACAGGGUCAUCUUCUGGAAGCACGGCAAACAACAUACCCAGCAGCAGCAAGACCAAACCUGUGCUCAGCUCUCUAGAACGCUCUGGUGUAUGGCUGGUGGCCCCCCUCAUCGCCAAACUGCCCACCUCUGUACAGGGGCAUGUAUUAAAGGCUGCUGGGGAGGAACUGGAGAAGGGUCAGCACCUAGGCUCCUCUUCUCGAAAAGAACGUGAUCGACAAAAACAGAAGAGCAUGUCCCUGUUGAGCCAGCAACCCUUCCUAUCCCUGGUGCUGACAUGUCUGAAAGGGCAGGAUGAACAACGUGAGGGACUCCUUACCUCCCUGUACAACCAGGUGCACCAGAUUGUGAAUAAUUGGCGAGAUGACCAGUACUUAGAUGAUUACAAACCAAAGCAGCUAAUGCACGAGGCACUCAAACUGCGGCUCAACCUGGUAGGGGGCAUGUUUGACACGGUGCAGCGUAGCACUCAGCAGACCACGGAGUGGGCUGUGCUCCUCCUGGAGAUCAUCAUCAGUGGCACUGUUGACAUGCAGUCCAACAAUGAGCUCUUUACUACGGUGUUGGACAUGCUGAGUGUACUCAUCAACGGGACCUUGGCUGCAGACAUGUCUAGCAUCUCUCAAGGCAGUAUGGAGGAGAACAAACGUGCAUACAUGAACCUAGUGAAGAAGCUGCAGAAGGAGUUGGGGGAGCACCAGUCAGACAGCCUGGAAAAGGUUCGACAACUGCUGCCACUGCCCAAGCCGACCCGAGAUGUCAUCACGUGUGAGCCACAGGGCUCCCUUAUUGACACCAAGGGCAACAAGAUUGCUGGUUUUGAUUCCAUCUUCAAGAAGGAGGGUCUACAAGUUUCUACCAAACUGAAACUCUCUCCCUGGGAUCUAUUGGAGGGGUUGAAGCCAUCGGCACCUCUCUCCUGGGGCUGGUUUGGGACAGUCCGGGUUGAUCGGCGAGUGGCUCGAGGGGAGGAGCAGCAGCGGUUGCUACUCUACCACACACACUUGAGGCCCCGGCCUCGUGCCUACUACCUGGAGCCACUGCCACUGCCACCAGAAGAUGAGGAGCCACCGGCCCCCACCCUUCUGGAGCCUGAGAAAAAGGCCCCUGAGCCCCCCAAAACGGACAAACCAGGAGCCGCUCCACCCAGCACUGAGGAACGCAAGAAGAAGUCCACUAAGGGCAAGAAGCGUAGCCAGCCAGCCACCAAGACAGAGGACUAUGGGAUGGGCCCAGGUCGGAGCGGCCCCUAUGGUGUAACAGUGCCUCCAGACCUCUUGCACCACGCGAACCCUAGCUCCAUAUCCCACCUUAGCUACAGGCAGGGCUCCAUAGGCCUGUACACCCAGAACCAGCCACUGCCUGCAGGUGGCCCUCGUGUGGACCCAUACCGCCCUGUGCGGUUACCAAUGCAGAAGCUCCCCACCAGACCAACUUACCCUGGAGUGCUGCCCACAACCAUGACUGGUGUCAUGGGCCUAGAACCCUCAUCUUAUAAGACCUCUGUGUACCGGCAGCAACAACCUGCAGUGCCCCAGGGACAGCGCCUUCGACAGCAGCUCCAGGCAAAGAUACAGAGCCAGGGGAUAUUGGGACAGUCAUCUGUCCAUCAGAUGACUCCCAGUUCUUCCUAUGGCCUGCAGACCUCCCAGGGCUAUACUCCUUAUGUUUCUCAUGUGGGACUGCAGCAACACACAGGCCCCGCAGGUACCAUGGUGCCCCCCAGCUACUCCAGCCAGCCUUAUCAGAGCACCCACCCUUCUACCAAUCCUACUCUUGUAGAUCCUACCCGCCACCUGCAACAGCGGCCCAGUGGCUAUGUGCACCAACAGGCCCCAACCUAUGGACAUGGACUGACCUCCACUCAAAGAUUUUCACACCAGACACUGCAGCAGACACCCAUUAUGGGUACCAUGACUCCGCUGAGUGCCCAGGGCGUCCAGGCAGGUGUCCGCUCAACUUCCAUUCUGCCUGAGCAGCAGCAGCAACAGCAGCAGCAGCAGCAGCAGCAGCAGCAGCAACAACAGCAGCAGCAGCAACAACAGCAGCAGUACCACAUGCGGCAACAGCAGCAGCAGAUCCUACGGGAUCAGAAUAGGAGAGAGUUGGACACUGUUUGGCAGGUACUCUAUAUUUGGCCUCUUUCUAGCUGUGGUCUGAGAAUGGAAGAUGGGGGCCCAGAGUUUCCUCUCUACAUCUCAGCCUUGACUCCACUUCCUGUCCCUAUUCCUCCAGUACCAAGUUCCUGCUCAUUUGCUUUUCUCACAAGUAUCUCUUGUAUCUUCAUAGCAGCAGCAGCAGCAGCAGCAGCAACAGCAGCAGCAGCAGCAGCAGCAGCAACAGCAGCAGCAGCAGCAACAGCAGCAGCAGCAGCAGCAACAGCAACAGGCAGCUCCUCCCCAACCCCAGCCUCAGUCCCAGCCCCAGUUCCAGCGCCAGGGGCUUCAGCAGACCCAGCAGCAGCAACAGACAGCAGCUUUGGUCCGGCAACUCCAACAACAACUCUCCAAUACCCAGCCACAGCCCAGUACCAACAUAUUUGGACGCUACUGAGCCACCUGGAAGAACUGCUUGUGCACUGGAUGUGGCCCUACCCUUUCCUCUUAAUUCCCAAUCCUCUUUCCGGGCUAGCACCAGUAAUGGUUGGGGUCCUUCCCUCAGGCUCCAUUUUUAAUAAGUUUUUAGUAUUUUUGUUAAUGUGAAGCAUUGAGCUGUUGGGUUUUUGUAUAUUAUUUAUAUAGAGACCCCAGAGCUGUUGCACCCAAUACACAGAGCUUCUUUGCAAA